AUGGCAGUAGAUCCGUUUGCAAGAAGAGAAGCAUGGAGAUAUCAAGGACACAACACAAGAUUCAACAGGUUUAAAAACGUAUGGCCAGGAUUCUUCUGGGGAGUUGGUGCUUUUGCUGUGUAUGUUGCUGCUGAAAAAGUUUUCUUUCCUCCAAAAAGUCAUCAUGAGCAUGAAGAUGAACACCAUUGA